CCUUCACGUACUUCCCUUAUUCACUACAAAAAUGUACACUACUAAAACGUUUAUCCUAUUCAUGAUCAAAUUGCUCUCUGCAUAACCCUCUUUGCCUCUUCAGAUUGAAUCCUCCACCUCUUCAAAAAAUGUACUCCCCCCGGCUGCCAGUGUCAACCCCGCGGCCCCAACCCAUUAAGCGUCAGCACACUGCCCGGUACUACGCCCAUCGCGUCAAGGAAAGCCUCACCACUCGGGUUUUCAAGCUUAUAUGUUCCAUAUUCUUGGCUCUCCUUCUUGCUGUUGGUCUAAUAACUUUCAUACUAUGGCUUAGUCUCCGUCCUCAUCGUCCCAGAUUUCAUAUCCAUCAAUUUUCAGUACCCGGUAUGAACCAAGCAACGGGGUUCGAAAAUGCAGUGAUAUCAUUCAAUGCCAGCGCCCGUAAUGCGAACCAUAAUAUCGGCAUAUAUUAUGAUUCGAUGGACGCGGCAGUUUACUAUAAGGACCAGCGGAUUGGUUUAAUCUCAUCAAUACUGCCAGAAUUUUAUCAAGGUCCCAAGAACACAACCGAGGUAGAAGGAUCGUUUACAGGUGCCAGCUUGACGGUAAGUAGCCAGCGUUGGAUGGAGUUCAUGAAUGAUCGUGCAAAAGGGACGGUUGUGUUUCGCCUGGAUCUGACGUCGACCAUUAGGUUCAAGAUUUCGACCUGGAAUAGUAAGCGCCACCGUCUUCACACCAACUGUGAUAUUGGCGUAGGCCAAGAUGGCCUGAUCCUGGCCACUUCUAAAGACAAGAGAUGUCCCGUCUAUUUUACUUAGUUAAGUCUCCUUUUGUAAUUGAUUUUUAGUUGCUUUUGGUUCUUCAAAAAUUUGUAUAGUGCGAGAAGUUGGGACUUCAUUUG